AUGAUACUGAGAAAUAAGAAGAAAGGCUUAUUGGCAGGCAAGCGAGCCUUGUCCUCUCAGAAAAGGCCAAAAGUACUGAAACCCCUGAGAGCUCGCCAACUGAUUCGCAGGUUUCAUGUCUUACUAAAAUACAAAAGUCAAUUAACCAAGAAGUUGGAAAAGAUAUGGAAGUGCAAUAUUGAAUCUGAUCCAGCCAAAUAUAUAAAAGAACGCAACCAUCGGUUGUUCGAACUAUUUGAGCAAGCAAGACUUCAUACCAUCGAGACAUUAUUAGUCAACAAGUCCCCACCGGAAACGGUCAUUAACACAGACUCUCUACAACUAGAUGAGAUUUGCCAGGAGCUAGGAAGAAUAGAGGGAGAGAUAGAGAAGCGAGGGGGUUUGGAAGUUUAUCAAGCUGCAUCUGUCCAGGGCCAGAGUUCUCAAAGAGGUGGAGAUUCGUCUAAAAAGCUGGUGGAGUGGCUUAAAGAAUUAGGAUACAACAAGAAAAAUGCCGUGGCUCUUGAGAUUGGAUGUUUGAACUCGAGAAAUCUCAUAUCGACAUGCGGACUUUUUUCAAAAGUAGUGAAAAUAGAUCUUCACUCACAAGAGCCGGAAAUAUUGGAGCAAGAUUUUAUGGAGCGUCCUCUUCCCAAGAGUGCAGCUGAGCAAUUUGAUCUGAUUUCAUGUUCGCUAGUUGUGAAUUUUGUGCCGGAUCCACAUCUAAGGGGUCAAAUGAUGCGCCGUAUAAUCCAUUUUUUAAAGCCAUACUCGCAGAAGCCCUAUUUAUUUUUUGUGCUACCAUUACCAUGCGUUAUCAAUUCCCGCUAUUUCGACGAAGAUAGAUUAUCUGAGCUAAUGGGAGCACUUGGAUUCGAGUGUAUAAGACAUCACAAGUCACAAAAACUAGCAUACUACCUCUACCAAUGGGAACGAAUGGUCAGCGACAAGCUGAAGUUUCCCAAAAAAGAGCUUCAUAAAGGAACGAAGCGAAACAACUUCUGUAUUAUUAUGAGUUGA